GCGACUCGAACACAUGCCACCCGGGGAAUCACAACAUAUGAUCCACUUACAUACAGCUCUGUUUGGCAUUAGCUUGGGUCUGGUCUCCCAAGUCAUAGCAGAAUGCAGCAGAGCAACCCUGCAGGAGGUGACGGCAGCAUACGUCCGAGCCCAAGCUGCGGGACAGCCGGGUCUCCUCAAUCUAGCCAGCAACGUCAGCUACGCCGAGAACGACACGCCCAUGGACAUUAAGACGGGUGUCAUAUCCCAGACCAUCACCAUCGACUUCUCCCGCAGCCUCCACGACACGGUCGAGUGCGCCGCCUUCACCGAGAUCACGGCCGCAACCUCUCCCCAUCCCUACGUCAUCCACACGCGGAUGCUUGUCGCGGCAGCAGACGGCCGAGUAACUGCCAUCGAGUCGGUCGUGACAGACGAAGGCGAUUGGGUCUUCAACGCGACGGGCCACCUGUACUGGACCCAGCAGGAGAACUGGAAUCCCAUUCCCGCCGACCAGCGCGACAGCCGCGAGACCAUCCAGGCAGCAGCAGACGCCUACCUCGACCAGUGGGCCGAUUCGACGCUACCGGUCCCGUUGGGCACGUCGUGCGCCCGGCUCGAGGGCGGCAUGUACACCGGAGAGAGGAACGCGUCGGCCAACACGUGCCGCAUGCCUUCGUUUCCGACGCCCAUUUUGGCGGGGAAUCGGAGAUAUGUCAUUGAUGAGGCGCUGGGCGCGGUCGAUGUGUUUAAUGGGUUUCCGUGGCUGGAGCGGACGCUGCCGCCAGAGGAAGCGGUGCCGAGUAGCAACAUGGUGAGGGUCGAGCGGGGGUUGAUCCGUUAUGUGCAUGAGAUUACCGUGUGCGUUACUGCGAGGUGCGGAAGAUGAAAGUGCAGAGUAUUCCGUACAGAGUGAAAUAUUUUCUCCUCGGCCUCGGCGUGGGUUGAGAGUGCGCAGCGGAACAAGUUG